GUCGCUAUACUAGUGACACGCGAACAGAUCAUGAGCAUGAGGAGAACCACACGCAACUUUGUAUCCGAUAGGUGGUUACCGUAUGUCGACAUCCAAGUACAGAAAUGGUUGAACGACCUGGUUGUCAUGAUGCGCACGACAACGACGACAGUGAAUCUACUACCGAUAGCAGUUCCUACUUUCGACAAUGAAGGCAAAGUAAAGAAGUUACGAGCACGUUUCGACAGGAGAGCCGUCAACGCACUCUUACCACGCGACCAGUUCUUGGUAUCCAAGGACAAUGAGACCAUCUCCUUAAGAGUAGGAAGUAUUACACACCACUAGAUAUAUCGGCAGCAGACCGUAUGCUACCUAUACACAUCCUUCGACGAUACCUUCUUCCCUAAAAUCAUGACUUCGGCAGUCGCAAAGUGACACUUUGUUGUGCUCAUCUUGAAGUUAAGGUACGUUAGGUGUCUGAUAACCUCCUUCACUGUAGCGAUGUGCUCUUCACGAUUGUCACCGGCGAUCGCUAUGUCCUCAAUGUAGUGAUGUACUGGCAAUCCGACUAACCUCGCACUCAGGGUGCGUUGAAGUGGCUAU